AUGGCGGCCAUCGCACCGUCACGACCGAGCAAGAACGAGGUGCGCGGAUCGUUGGUGAAUGUCUCGGACGGCGGGCAGGCGGCGGGGCAGGCGGCGGCGCAGGCGGCGGGGCAGGCAAGCGGGCAGGCAGGCGGGGCAGGCAGGCAAGGCAGGCAGGCGGGGCAGGCAGGCGGGGCAGGCAGGCGGGGCAGGCGGGGCACGCAAGCGGGCAGGCAAGUGGGCAGGCAGGCGGGGCAUGCAAGCGGGGCCGGCAGGCGGGGCAAGCAAGCGGGGCAGGCAGGCGGGGCAGGCAAGCGGGGCACGCACGCGGGGCAAGCAAGCGGGGCCGGCAGGCGGGGCAAGCAAGCGGGGCCGGCAGGCGGGGCAAGCAAGCGGGGCAGGCAGGCGGGGCAGGCAAGCGGGGCACGCAAGCGGGACUGGCAGGCGGGGCAGGCAAGCGGGGCAGGCAGGCGGGGCACGCAAGCGGGGCGGGGCACGCAAGCGGGGCUGGCAAACGGGGCAGGCAGGCGGGGCAUGCAAGCGGGGUCGGCAGGCGGGGCAAGCAAGCGGGGCACGCUAGCGGGGCAGGCAGGCGGGGCAGGCAAGCGGGGCACGCAAGCGUGGCACGCAAGCGGGGCAGGCAAGCGGGGCACGCAAGCGGGGCUGGCAGGCGGGGCACGCAAGCGGGGCUGGCAAACGGGGCAGGCAGGCGGGGCAUGCAAGCGGGGUCGGCAGGCGGGGCAAGCAAGCGGGGCACGCAAGCGGGGCAGGCGGGGCACGCAAGCGGGGCUGGCAAGCGGGGCAGGCAGGCGGGUCAUGCAAGCGGGGCCGGCAGGCGGGGCAAGCAAGCGGGGCACGCAAGCGGGGCAGGCAGGCGGGGCAGGCAAGCGGGGCAGGCAGGCGGGGCACGCAACCGGGGCAAGCAAGCGGGGCAUGCAAGCGGGGCAGGCAGGCGGGGCAGGCAAGCGGGGCACGCAAGCGGGGCAUGCAAGCGGGGCCGGCAGGCGGGGCAAGCAAGCGGGGCAGGCAGGCUGGGCAGGCGGGGCACGCAAGCGGGGCUGGCAGGCGGGGCAUGCAAGAGGGCAGGCAAGUGGGCAGGCAGGCGGGGCAUGCAUGUGGGGCCGGCAGGCGGGGAAAGCAAGCGGGGCAGACAAGCGGGGCAGGCAGGCGGGGCAGGCUGCGGGCAGGCGGGGCACGCAAGCGGGGCUGGCAGGCGGGGCAGGCGGCGGGCAGGCAGGCGGGGCACGCAAGCGGGGCUGGCAGGCGGGGCAGGCAGACGGGGCACGCAAGCGGGGCAGGUGGGGCACGCAAGCGGGGCAGGCAGGCGGGGCAGGCGGCGGGCAGGCAGGCGGGGCACGCAAGUCGGGCUGGCAGGCGGGGCAGGCAGACGGGGCACGCAAGCGGGGCAGGCGGGGCAAGCAAGCGGGGCAGGCAGGCGGGGCAGGCAAGCGGGGCACGCAAGCGGGGCAAGCAAGCGGGGCCGGCAGGCGGGGCAAGCAAGCGGGGCAGGCAGGCGGGGCAGGCAAGCGGGGCACGAAAGCGGGGCUGGCAGGCGGGGCAGGCAAGCGGGGCAGGCAGGCGGGGCACGCAAGCGGGGCAAGCAAGCGGGGCACGCUAGCGGGGCAGGCAGGCGGGGCAGGCGGGGCAAGCAAGCGGGGCACGCAAGCGGGGCAGGCAGGCGGGGCAGGCAAGCGGGGCAGGCAGGCGGGGCACGCAACCGGGGCAAGCAAGCGGGGCAUGCAAGCGGGGCAGGCAGGCGGGGCAGGCAAGCGGGGCACGCAAGCGGGGCAUGCAAGCGGGGCCGGCAGGCGGGGCAAGCAAGCGGGGCAGGCAGGCUGGGCAGGCGGGGCACGCAAGCGGGGCUGGCAGGCGGGGCAUGCAAGAGGGCAGGCAAGUGGGCAGGCAGGCGGGGCAUGCAUGUGGGGCCGGCAGGCGGGGAAAGCAAGCGGGGCAGACAAGCGGGGCAGGCAGGCGGGGCAGGCUGCGGGCAGGCGGGGCACGCAAGCGGGGCUGGCAGGCGGGGCAGGCGGCGGGCAGGCAGGCGGGGCACGCAAGCGGGGCUGGCAGGCGGGGCAGGCAGACGGGGCACGCAAGCGGGGCAGGCGGUGCACGCAAGUGUGGCAGGCAAGCGGGCAGGCAAGCGGGCAGGCAAGCGUGGCAGGCAAGCGGGCAGGCAAGCGGGCAGGCAAGUGUGGCAGGCAAGCGGGCAGGCAAGCGGGGCAGGCAGGCGGGGCAGGCAAGCGGGCAGGCAAGCGGGCUGGCAAGCGGGCAGGCAAGUGUGGCAGGCAAGCGGGCAGGCAAGCGGGGCAGGCAGGCGGGGCAGGCAAGCGGGCAGGCAAGCGGGCAGGCAAGCGGGCAGGCGGCGGCCGGGUUGCGAGUGGCGCGUGUGGCUCGCGAGCCGGUCACGAGGAGUCGUCCCGACGGCGUCAGGAACUGGGCCAGGAGACGCCUGAAGCCCCUCGUGGGGACGCCGUGCGUCGCGACGCCAUGAAUCUCCGCGGUCGAGAGGUAACGAUCGCAGGCCCUAAACCUCUCCCUCGGCCCCUCCAAGGGCUUUACGAGGCCAGGCGAGAGCCGCAAUUAGCGGGAGGUGACACCUUCCACAGCGGGGACUGCACUGCAGGACAACGAGCACAGAGGGUCGUGGAGACCAUCCCAGAGGUCACCAAAACAAGCGGGAUGUGCCCGGUGUGCACAGGUGAGCUGUGA